AUGUCUACACGAACCUUGGAGUCUCGUUUUGAACGGCUAGACGUCAACGAUGAAAACGAGCCGCCAGCCAGCCAUCACAUCAAAGCAAAGGGAGUGCCAUCCAAAUGCGCUCCGGCACCAACUCCCCAUGGGAAUCCUACUUCAAACAGGCCGAACCUCCUAAAGCUUGCGCUGCAAAACAACAAUGAAUCUAAAUCACACAGGAGCCCUCUCGAGGAGGAAUCCUCAAAUACAUUGCGCAUGAACGACUCCGCAGGAAACCCCAAGAAGUUCCAUCUAGGCAUGUUCGAGAUUGGCAAACCACUAGGCAAAGGAAAGUUCGGGCGAGUGUAUCUUGCCCGCGAGAGAUCAACUGGCUUCGUAUGCGCAUUGAAAGUGCUGCACAAGAGCGAGCUUGUCCACGGACAUGUUGAGAAACAGCUGAGACGUGAGAUCGAAAUUCAAAGCAACCUCCGACACCCCAACAUCCUCAGAUUAUAUGGCCAUUUCCACGACAGUAAACGGGUGUUCCUUAUUCUUGAGUUCGCCGGUAAGGGUGAGCUAUACAAACACCUUCGAAAAGAAAACCGCUUCCCUGAAUGGAAAGCAGCCCAAUAUAUUGCCCAAAUGGCUGCUGCCCUGAAGUAUCUGCACAAGAAGCAUGUCAUGCACCGUGACAUCAAGCCAGAAAAUAUCCUUGUUGGCAUCCAUGGGGAGAUCAAGAUCAGUGAUUUCGGCUGGAGUGUACAUGCCCCAAACAACCGAAGACAGACAAUGUGUGGCACUCUCGACUACCUCCCUCCAGAGAUGCUGAAGCCAGGCAAUGGUGAUAAGUGGUAUGACGAGAAAGUCGACCUGUGGAGUUUGGGCGUCCUUAUUUACGAAUUCCUCGUUGGCGAAGCUCCCUUUGAAGACUCUCCAGUGAUGACCCAUAGGAGAAUUGUCCGGGGAGAGAUGACCAUCCCAUCAUUCGUAAGCCCGGAAGCCAGAGAUCUCAUCAAAAAGCUUCUUGUCCUUGACCCUGCCAGCCGAAUCCCACUGGAUGAAGUUCAACGGCACCCGUGGAUCUUGAAGUACUGUGUCAAAGGCGAGAGAGUGGCCCAAAGGGAGGCUGCGAGCAAGAGCAAAUCGAAAUAG